GAACCGGCAAAAUGGUAGAAGAGUUGUCAGUGACGCUGCCAGACAAUGUUUUGGAAGUUAUAUUUUCUUAUUUGGACCUUCACGAUCUAAGAAACUGCUCACUCGUGUGCAAGAAUUGGUACAGGUUUUUGAAUGAUGAAAAUAAUGACGUGUGGCGCUUACAUUGCAUAAGAAAAUUGGCGGAGGAAGCCCUGAAGUCAGAUUUACUUUCUUCUGUGCCAACGUAUAAAGCAAAGUUGCGUGCGUUUUAUCAUGCAUGGAAUCCAAAUGACUGUUCGAGGAACGUUUAUAUCAAACCUAAUGGAUUUACGCUUCAUCGCAACCCUGUGGCGCAAAGUACGGACGCUGCCAGAGGAAAAAUUGGCUUUAGGCAUGGGAGGCAUGCAUGGGAAGUCAUAUGGGAAGGUCCACUUGGAACCGUAGCUGUAAUUGGAAUUGCAACGAAAGAAGCGCCGCUCCAGUGCCAUGGCUACGUCGCUCUUUUGGGUUCUGAUGAUCAGAGCUGGGGCUGGAACUUAGUGGAUAAUCAUCUUCUUCAUAAUGGAGAUUCGCAAGGAAACUAUCCACUACUGAACAACGCUCCUAAAUAUCAGGUUGGCGAAAGAAUAAGAGUUAUACUCGAUUGUGAUGAUAAUACAUUGUCAUUCGAAAAAAAUUAUGAGUUCCUUGGUGUUGCUUUCAGAGGUCUCCCAGAUAAAAGACUAUAUCCUUCGGUGUCUGCAGUGUAUGGGAACACUGAAGUUUCCAUGGUCUACCUGGGACCGCCUUUGGAUGGCUAACACAUAGUUAAUGUGACUCAAUCUCUCAGAGGAACCAGAGAUAUGUUGAUGUUUCCCACCAUGAUUCAGUCACUAAACAACUGUUUGUAACUCUCAAGAGUAAUCAGCUGUGAACAAUAAUGUUGUAAAUUCUGGUGACAGUGAUGUAAAGUAUGAAGUUUUUUCAACAGGUCAUUUGCAUUUGACAAAAUGCACUCCAGGUAUUUUACUUACACUCUAGGUUGAAUCUGGCAAUUUUAGACACAAAACAUGACUAUUGUAUGAAAAUUUAUUUUCUCAGUGCAGUAUAACUUUGUCAGUUCAUUUUACAGACCCACAACAACGCAUCAUCAUCAUCAUCAUCUUCCUAACACAUUGUAUUAUAGAAUGUUUUGUUUUAUUUUGUUAUGUGUGUGUGCGUAUCACAUGGUGAGUCCCCCAGAAUGUUUAGUGUAAUAAUGCAGGGACAUCAGCAUAAAUCACAGUGUUCAUAAAGCUGCCAGUAUUAAUAGGUUUGUUUUAAAU